AGCAACGAACCACGCGGGAUAUUGUUGCUCAUUCUGCAAGCAAAAAACAAAGGAAUCCCACGCAAACAAUUACUGUAGCACAUUUACUCAUUUGUGGGAUGUGUCAGUUCCUCUCUCUCUCUCUCUCGCAUACACUCUUGCCCGUUCCUAUAAAGACAGUUCCAAAGCCGCAGUAUAAGGCCGAAGUCACCAAGAGGAAGAGCCAAUCUGGAGGCAACAGUGCAACACUCGGGCGCACAAACAAAACAGAUGCUUUGGACUCGUCUCUCCCACAUUAAAUUACUUCCUCAGUAGUCCAGUCCCUCUUCUGGUGUUUUCCUGUCUUUUUUCUCGAUCACCUGUCUCGUUUCCAUCACCAUUUUUUUAAAUAAUAUUCUGUCUCUGUCUGUCUGUGCCGUUCUUUGAUGCCAACGUCAUAAACAAACUGACAAGAACCCCACACACCAUUAACACCUGCAUUUCAUGGCUGCGGCAACUACGACCACUACUCACCUUAAAGCCCAAACCCAACACACCAAGCCCAAACGCCGCAAGUGCCGCGAGACUACCAUCUCCGCUACUGCCACUUCCGACUCUACAGGACACUCCUCUCGGAAGCUCAACCCACCCCUCAUUCAAACCCCUGACCACCACCCCUGGUGCUAUCCCGCUUCGAGACCCGUCCCAAGUCCUCCACCUCCUCCCCCAUCUCCUCCGCCUCAACCUUCGAAUCCCCGACGUGCAACGAACUCGAAACAGGACUCCAUUAACUCGUCCUCACUUUCAUCAUCUUCCGAUUCACCAUCGACCUUCAGGAUCAGAUUCUCUCCGGGUAGUCUAUCGCCGGUCAUGGACUUUACACCCACCACAAUGAACGACCGGGAUACGUUUUCUUCCGGCUUUACCAAAUUUAACUCGGUCCUCACCGCCGGGCUUCUCAACCCAAUGUCACCACCUCCUCCACCCGACAAGGCGAUCCGAUCCAGUCCGACCCUUCUCGAAAUGAUGGCCAGUGAGCUCGAUCUCCAUCACUCUAGAACCCAGAUCCCACCCCAAAACGCAGUCGUACCAGUCCCCAAACCGCAACUCCCCCAAAUCUCACCCCAGGACCAGCAAGCCCUGACAAUGCAGCGAAUCUCCGAGAUCUUAUCGACCCGCAGCCCUGGAAACCAGUUCAACGACUCAACCUCGAGCGACAUAAAGCUCACCUUGAGCUCCAAGGAUGGCAUCAGUGUCUCCAUGAAUCUCCACCGUCAGAUUCUCGUCGCGCACAGCCGGUUCUUUUCGGUCAAGUUGUCUGAGCUGUGGACGAAGCCGCAGAGAUUAGCAGGGUCGCCGUACGUCGUGGAGAUUGCGGACUGCGACGACGUCGAGGUUUACAUCGAAACCUUGAGGUUGAUGUACUGUAAGGAUCUGAGGAAGAAGCUUAUGAAAGAGGAUGUUCUCAGAGUUCUUGGCAUCUUAAAGGUAUCGGCUGCAAUUGGGUUUGAUGCUGGGGUUUUGUCUUGCUUGGAGUACUUAGAAGCUGCGCCGUGGGCAGAGGAUGAAGAAGAGAAGGUGGCUUCGUUAUUGUCAGAACUCCGCCUUGACAGUGUCGGAGCUGGGGAAGUUUUGAAAAGGGUUUCAAUUGACGUUGCUAAUGGAGCUGAUGAUGGUAAAGACAAUGAAGAAGUGCUGCUUAAACUUUUACAUGUAGUUCUUGAAGGUAAAGACGAGAAGGCAAGGCGAGAAAUGAAGGGGUUGGUAUUGAAGAUGCUUCGUGAGAAUUCUUCGCAAAAUGACCUGCGGAAAGAAUCAUUGUACUCGGCUUGUGAUGGGUGUUUGCAAUUGCUUUGCCACCAUUUUAUGCAGGCAGCCGGGUCGGACUUACAGGAUGUGGGCCAGAUUGCGCGACAAGCAGAUAAUUUACAUUGGAUUUUGGAUAUUCUGAUCGAUAGGCAGAUAGCUGAGGAUUUUUUGAGAACAUGGGCAUCACAAUCUGAAUUGUCUGCUGCACAUUCUAAAGUGGCCGCAGUUCAUAGGUUUGAGGUUAGCAGAGUUACAGCACGGCUAUUUGUUGGGAUUGGGAAGGGGCAGCUAUUGGCUUCUAAAGAUGUGAGGUGCUUGCUACUGAGGACAUGGCUAGAGCCAUUUUAUGAUGAUUUCGGAUGGAUGAGGAGGGCAUCAAGAGGCCUUGACCGUCACUUAAUAGAAGAUGGUCUUAGUAACACCAUUCUCACUCUGCCUCUCUCUUGGCAACAGGAUAUUUUGCUUGCUUGGUUUAAUCGUUUCCUGAAUUCGGGUGAAGAUUGUCCAAACAUACAAAGAGGUUUUGAAGUUUGGUGGAGGAGGGCUUUUUGGAGACGAAAUGGUGAGCAGGAAAGACAACGACCAUUACGAAUUACAACUGCAACUGUUGAAAACUAGAAGUCACUACUUCCACAAUUCCGGAGAGCCGAGGCAACAAUCUACAGGCAAUGGGGGCACAACAUGCCCCGAGUAUUCCAUUAAUUAAACAUGACUGCAUGCCCAGUAGCUGGCAAAGCCUCUUCGGUCAUGUACCAACCCAACCACCUGGAGAAGAGAUUGAUUUGGAUAAAGCAACAAAAGAAAUUUUGGGAUCCAAAAGCAACGUAAAGCAAUCUUAGCAAUGGGGUGCCAAGAAAUUUUGUGGGCAAUUUUACCGGUCAACAAUUGCCGCUCUCAGACAGUAGUAGUAGUGGUCUAGUUUAAGUUUGACCAAAUUUUGAUUAGUAAUUUUACUCUUAUAAAUUUGUCCAGUAUCUUUUUAACAAUACCAAAUAACAAACUUUCCAAAUCUAUUAUUAUUCUAUUAAAAUAUUAAUUUUGACGUUUUGAAGUUUAAAUAUAUUUGCAGAAUGUUCUA